GCGGCGCCAUCCAUCCCGAAUCUGCUGUCGCUGCGGGGCGAGUUGGCCGGAAGAGGCCGGGGCCGGGGCCGAGGCCGGGGCCGAGGUGGUGCCGGCCCAAGCACAUCCGGGCCGGGGUCAAGCCACGACGCCACCAUCCAGGGCACCGACACCGACGCUGCCGUCUCGCGUCUCAGCGCCGUCGAUCUAGGCUACCUACCCGACCCGUUUGCACGCCUGUUCGUGCAAGGACCCGGCACCCGCCGGCUCCCCAUCAUCAACAGGGGCACCUACACCCGCACCACCGCCAUCGACAUGCUCGUCGACCGCUUCCUGGCCACCACCAACCCGGGCGAGACGAGGCAGAUCGUCUCCCUCGGCGCGGGCACCGACACCCGCUGCCUGCGCUUGUUCAACGCGCCGGCCAACCAUCGAAACAUCGCCUACCACGAGAUCGACUUCCCUACCAUCAUGGCCCGCAAACAAGCCAUUAUCAGCUCCGCUCCCUCCCUACGAGCGAUCCUCACCACCCCGGAGCAGCUCACCACUCCAGAGCCUACAACAGCCUGGCAAUGUCACUCGCUCAGCCCCAACUCCAAAAACAGCCUCACCCUCCACGGCCUCGACCUCCGCACGCUCACGACGACCUCCGCUCUGCUCCCUCAGCUCCUCCCCGACGCCCCCACCCUCCUCCUCUCGGAAUGCUGCCUCUGCUACCUGGCCCCGUCUGAGGCCAGCGCCCUCCUGGGCAUCUUCAGCAGCGGGCCGCUGUCCAGCCGCAGCCUGGCGGUGGUGCUGUACGAGCCGGUGCAGCCGCACGACGCGUUCGGGCGGACGAUGGUUUCGAACCUGGCGGCGCGCGGCAUCGCGAUGCCCACGCUCGAGGCGUACCCCACGCCGGCCGACCAGGAGCGGCGGCUGCUGGCCGAGGCCGGGCUCGCCCGCGCGCGGUGCCGCACGGUCGACCGCAUCUGGGACGCCUGGGUGCGCGACGAGGAGAAGGAGCGGGUCGACGCGCUCGAGGGCGGGCUGGACGAGGUCGAGGAGUGGCGGCUGCUGGCUGGGCAUUAUGUCGUUGCUUGGGGGUGGAGGGGGGAGGAGGGCGGGUUGGAUCUGGAGGUUGA